CUGCAAAAAAGUCUUCAAGAGGCGGCUACUAGAGACAUUACACGUAUUGAGCGUAUUGGUGCCCAUUCACACAUACGAGGUCUUGGACUUAAUGAUGAAUUGGACGCUCGACAGGUUUCUCAGGGUAUGGUGGGCCAAUUGAAAGCUCGUAGAGCUGCUGGUAUCAUCCUUGGGAUGAUUCGUGAGGGUAAAAUUGCCGGUCGUGCUAUUCUUCUUGCUGGACCACCUGGUACCGGCAAGACGGCUAUUGCCAUGGGUAUGGCACAAGCUCUCGGUCGUGAUACGCCGUUUACUGCCAUGGCAGGAAGCGAAAUCUAUUCUCUUGAGAUGAGCAAAACGGAGGCACUUACACAGGCUUUUCGAAAGUCAAUUGGAAUCCGUAUCAAAGAAGAAGCUGAAAUUAUUGAAGGUGAAGUUGUGGAAGUUAUGAUUGAUCGGCCUGCCACUGGAACAGGUGCUAAAGUUGGCAAACUAAGCAUUAAAACAACAGAGAUGGAGACGGUCUAUGACUUGGGUCAAAAGAUGAUCGAUUGCAUUGUAAAGGAAAAAAUUCAAGCCGGUGAUGUUAUCACAAUUGAUAAGCCUUCUGGUAAAAUCACAAAAUUGGGUCGCUCAUUUGCACGAGCUCGGGAUUUUGAUGCCACUGGAAUGCAGACGAAAUUUGUCCAGUGCCCUGAGGGCGAACUGCAGAAGCGGAAGGAAGUUGUUCAUACCGUCACUCUUCACGAAAUAGACGUAAUAAAUAGCCGUACACAAGGUUUCUUGGCCCUCUUCAGUGGUGAUACUGGGGAAAUCAAAUCGGAGGUACGGGAUCAGAUUAAUGCGAAAGUUGUCGAGUGGCGCGAGGAGGGCAAGGCUGAUAUUGUUCCUGGUGUUCUGUUUAUCGAUGAAGUUCACAUGCUCGAUAUUGAGUGCUUUUCCUUUCUAAACCGGGCCCUCGAAUCGGAUAUGGCUCCCAUCCUCAUAAUGGCCACAAAUCGUGGAAUUACAACCAUUCGCGGAACUAACUAUAAGAGUCCACAUGGCAUUCCGAUCGAUUUGCUGGACCGCCUGCUAAUAGUGCGCACGGAGACUUACGAUGAAAAGGAGAUUCAGGCCAUCUUGAAGAUUCGGUGUGAGGAGGAGGACGUCGACAUUGCCGAGGAUGCUCUUGUGGUGCUCACACGAAUUGGAAUGCAAACUUCUUUGCGCUACGCCAUCCAGCUUAUCACCACAGCCAGUCUCGUCUGUAGGCGCCGUAAGGGUAUUGAGGUGAAUAAGGAUGAUAUUCGUAAGGUGUACCAGCUCUUUAUGGACGAAGCGCGUUCUACACUCUUCUUGAAGGAGUAUCAGGAUGAGUUCAUGUUUAACGAUCAAAAAUCGUCCUCUGAGACCGUACAACCCGCAGGCAGUGUUGGUGGUAAGUUAAAGAAUGAAAUAGGAAAUUUGGACUAG